AUGGACCCAGCUUGCCAGACUGCUGCUGCCUGUUUGCCACUUCACGGCGACAUCUCUACCCAAACAACAUACAUCCACACGCUCGUUCCGAUCAAUUCUCCACGAAAGAACCCGCCGAUUAACGCCCAUCAUCAUACUGAGGAGGUGCGGUGCUUUUGGCUGGGGGGUGUUGCCAUUUGCGGGCAGCCGCGUGCGUUCCGUCGGACCAGGCCGACCACAAAGGAUCCCGCCCUUGCCUUGUUCUUUCAUCUUUCGUCUGCCAGCAUCUCAACACUCGCUUCUGCUGACGGCAGCCGCCUCGAGGCUUGUUCCUCCCGCAUUCUUCACUCGUUCCUGUAG